GAAAACCCUACAGCUCUUUUUAAGAGCCCUAAUAAAGGGGGCCUUAAAAACGAGUGACAAAGGGCAAAGGAGGUCACCAAAAAUACUCUGGUACGUCUUGCUCUACUCCAAUGACAAUACUAGAUUUUGUGAAGGGCCUGAUAUAUCUGUUCAAAACUUGAAAAUCAAAAAUAAACCCCUCUCUCUCUCUCUCUCUCUCUCUCUCUCUGCGCAUCGCGUAUUCACCGGCAACUAAGAGAGAGAAAGAGCGCGGGACAAAAAUGAUGGGAUGCCAAACUAGCUUCCUUGCCCUAGAUCAAUGGGUUCCCGCCAAAAAAAUCAUCGCCAUGCAAGACCCAGAUGGUUAAUCGGGUGGUUGAUGACAGCUGAUGGGUCUGCUUUGGAUUGCUCCAAUUCCCUCCUAAAGCUUCAGAGAAACGAGUUCUGGGUCGAAAUCGAGCCGGUGCUAGAAGGGUGUUCUGAAGGCGACCCGGUUAAGCUUCGAUACUUGUUUAGUAAGCUCGUCUCGAGCUUUCUUAAGAAGAUCUGUGCCCGUGACAGUUUUCAAUCUCAAAUUCCAAUGCUUGGAGAUGGGCAGUGCAUGGAUUUGUUCAAACUCUUCUUGAUUGUGAAGGAGAAAGGGGGGUAUGACACAGUUUCAAAGAAUGGGUUGUGGGAUACUGUGGCAGAAGAGUAUGGGUUGGGCUCUGGUGUUUCUUCGGCAGUGAAAGUGGUAUACGUGAAGUAUUUGACUACUUUUGAACGAUGGUUUGAGAGAAUUUUUGAAGAUAUGAACUCAAAAGGUGGUUCGAUGGAUAGCGGUGUUAACUCGGGUGGGCUAUUGGUGGGACUAGAAGCUGAGUUCAAGGAUUUCUUCUCUGAUAUUUCAGAUCAGAAGAAGAAGAGAGGGGAGGAGUACCCUCAUUUUGAUUUGGCGAACAGCAAGUUAAAUUUUGUCACUCCUGGUAGAUUGAGUGACAAUGAUGAUGUUGCAAGAUUUGUGGAGGUUGAUGGAGGCAAGAGAGGGGCCGAUGAUGACAAUGAGGUCAGGUGUUCAGGAUGGUCAGAUGGAGGUAAGAGAUGUGUUGAUGAUGACAAUGACAUGAGUUGUUUGGCACAGUCGAAUGGAGGCAAAGCAUGCAGCUACCAUGAAAAUGAGGUUGAGUGUUUGGUUCUGUCAGAUGGAGGCAGGAGAUGUGCCGAUGAUAACAAGGAAGAUGAUGUUAUUAUUUUGGAUUCAGCUGUCAGGAGAUGUGCUGAUGAUGAAAAAGAUGAUGAUGUUAUUAUUUUGGAUUCAUCUGUAAUUAAUGAAGAGUUUUUUUGUCGUAAAAGGAAACGGGGAUCAUUUUUGCGAAUGUUGAAUUGGGUUACUGAGGUUGCAAAAGAUCCAUGUGAUCCUGUAAUUGGGACCUUACCAGAAAGGUCAAAGUGGAAGCUUUAUGGGGUUGAAGAGUUUUGGAAGCAAGCUUUGCUUGCUCGAGAAGCACUCUUUUUCAAAAGACCUGUUGAUUCAAGUAGUGAACAAACUAUUUGGCAGAAAAAACAGAGGAUGCAUCCUUCCAUGUAUGAUGAUCAUAUUGAAUCUAGUCACCAACUUGCGGAGAGAUUAAGAUGCAGUCAGAGGCUCCUUUCUGUAAAAAAAUCUCAGGCACGAGCCUGUUCAGAGUCACCUGCUUCAGGCACUCAGAGCGAUUUGGAGAUCAGCCCUGGCCACUCUGGGGCAGCGAUGGUGGAUAACCUUGACAGACAGUUUCUUGGAGCCACUAAUUCCUUGACUGACACUGCAGUUGAUUUGUCUGGGAACAGUCAUAAUAGGAAGCGAAUUCCUGUGGGGCCAUUUUUUCAAGUGGAUGUGCCAGAAUGGACUGGUGUGACGUUAGAAAGUGAUGCCAAAUGGUUGGGUACCCAGGUUUGGCCAGCAGAGAAAAGGCAAUCAAGCUUUCUUAUUGAAAGGGAUCGAAUUGGAAAGGGAAGACAGGAUUCGUGCGGCUGCCAAUUCCCAGGUUCUGUCGAGUGUGUCAGAUUCCACAUUACUGAGAAAAGGAAGAAAGUGGAACUUGAACUGGGCUCAGCCUUCUACAGGUGGAAAUUUGAUAAGAUAGGCGAGGAUGUUGCACUUUCUUGGGCGGAUGAGGAUAAAAGGAAGUUCGCGACUAUUGUGAGGUUGAAUCCUGCCUCUUUGGACAAGUGUUUCUGGGAUCAGAUUUUUAAGUUCUUUCCUGACAAAAGUAGAGAAGAUGUGGUGAGCUACUAUUUCAAUGUCUUUCUUCUUCGGCGCAGAGGUAACCAAAAUAGGUAUACUCCAAAUAAUAUUGAUAGCGAUGAUGACGAAUCCGAAAUUGGGUCAUUAGCUAAUGGUUUGGGUCACGAAGCAAUUAGGUCACCAGGUUCCAUAUUUUAUGCCCAAAGCAAGCCACACAUGAAUUUCAGAUAGCUGCAGGAUGUGGAUUGAAAAUUCAUAAUCAGUCACCAGGUUCGAUAUUUUAUGGCCAAAGCAAGCCACACUGAAUUUCAGAUACUGCAGGAUGUGGAUUGAAAAUUUUGCACCAGGGUCUUGUUUUGAAAUGUAAAGCCCAGCAGCUUGUGUGCAUUUCCUGAUGAGCAAUUUUCAAUGGAAUUUGAUUUUUACCUCUUGGCUUAUGCACAAAUUCACCAGAGCUUUUGAACUUUUGAGUUUGGGACUAUCGCUAGAAAGCAUAAUCUAGCGAGAUAAUUUACGUUAUCUAUGGCAGUUGAAGCAGCCAAUCAGAGAGGCCAAAACAGCUUUGUUGCCAAGUGUUUUCUUCAUAUAUUUUUUUUUUCUCUUUUUCCAGAUUUGUGAGUCAGAUUCUCAACUUAUACUCUAUUCCUGUCUAUUAAUCAUGGCUACCAACAUCAAACACAGGUACUAUUACCUUGCA